AUGGCGGGGGUUCUUGAUGUCUUGGCAUCCUACGUGACCAACAUGCUCACCGAGAUGGCCAAAGAAGAGGUGGCCAUGUUGAUCGGUGUCUCAGGCGAGAUUGACGAUUUAGACGUCAAACUUAGGGACCUGAAGAACUUCAUUGCAGACGCCGAUAGAAGAAACAUCACCGAUGAAAGCGUGCAAGGGUGGGUGGAUGAACUGAAGCUUGCCAUGUACGACGUCACCGACAUCCUCGACCUCUGCCAGCUCAAGGUCAUGGAGCAAGGUCCGCCCAAGAACAUGGGCUGCCUUAACCCACUCUUCUUCUGCAUGGGAAAUCCCCUCCAUGCCCACGACAUCGGCACCCGCAUUAAGACGCUCAACCAAAAGCUUGAUGACAUCUGCAAGCGGGGAGAUAAAUUUAAAUUCAUCAAGUUAGAAGCCUACCAGGAUCAAAAGACGACUCGAUCUCUUGCCACUGACCGCAAAACUGAUUCAUUGAUGGAGCGGUCAGGUGCGGUUGGCGAGAAGAUCAAGGAGGACACAAAAGCACUGGUGGAGGUGCUUACAAAGGAGGCGGCUGGUGACCAGAGUGAUUGCCUCAUGGUGAUUGCCAUCGUUGGUGUCGGCGGGAUUGGCAAGACCACUCUCAGCAAGAAGGUCUUCAAUGAUGAGGCUAUCAAAUGCAAUUUCACUAAGAAGAUAUGGCUUAGCAUCACACGAGAUUUCAAUGAUAUUGAGCUAUUGAGUACAGCCAUCACUGCCGCUGGUGGGGAUCUGCCUGGAGGAGGUGCGGCUCGAGACAAGGCCCUACUUGUCGUAGCUCUGAGGAAUGCCAUCCGGGACAAGAAGUUCUUUCUUGUACUAGAUGACAUGUGGGGUGUCGACGAAUGGGAUAAGCUGCUGAUGACUCCGUUUAGCUACGGCGGCCCAGGUAGCAGAGUCCUCAUCACCACAAGACAUGACACGGUUGCCCGAGGGGUGAAAGCCGUGCAUCCCUACCAUCAUGUUGACAUAUUAUGUCCAAAAGAUGCUUGGUCAUUGCUCAAGAGAUACUUACGAGCGAGAGAAAUGAACCCGGGAUCGAAAUGCUAA